AUGGAUAAGCCUAGCUUUGUAAUCCGACCCGAGGAAGCUGAAUCCGCCGCAAAACAACUCGGCGUCUCCGUCCUCCAGCUCCUCCCGUCGCUGGUCAAACCUGCGAAAUCCUUCGCUCGACCACCGAUAUCCAAAUUCCACGUCGGAGCCGUCGGACUCGGAUCAUCGGGUCGGAUCUUCUUAGGCGUCAAUGUCGAAUUCCCAGGUCUCCCUCUCCACCACUCAAUCCACGCCGAGCAAUUCCUCGUCACCAAUCUCACCCUCAACGGCGAGCAUCAGCUCCGAUACUUCGCCGUCUCCGCCGCACCGUGUGGCCAUUGCCGUCAAUUCCUCCAAGAAAUCCGCGACGCACCUGAGAUCAGACUCCUGAUCACCGAUCCAAACGCCACCGCCGAUUCCGACGCCGAUUCAGACGGAUUCUUACGCCUCGGAAGCAUCUUGCCGCACAGAUUUGGUCCCGAGGAUCUUCUCGAGAAAGACUUUCCUCUUAUCCUUGAGCAUCACGAUAACCGUCUCACAAUCUCGGAUCUCGAUUCGAUCUCCAACGGAAACACCGAUUCCGAUUCCUCCGUCGAAUUGAAGCGUACGGCUCUAGCAGCGGCGAACAGAUCGUACGCACCGUACAGUUUGUGUCCGUCGGGAGUUUCGCUGGUUGAUUGCGACGGGAAAGUGUACAGAGGAUGGUACAUGGAAUCGGCGGCUUAUAACCCGAGUUUGGGGCCAGUACAGGCGGCUCUGGUGGAUUAUGUGGCCAACGGAGGCGGAGGAGGUUACGAGAGAAUCAUCGGAGCUGUGCUGGUGGAGAAAGAAGACGCGGUGGUGCUGCAGGAGCAUACGGCGAGGUUGCUUCUACAGAUUAUAUCGCCGAAAUGCGAUUUCAAUGUCUUCCACUGCCGCUGA